AUGGGUAUUACAGGCUUGUUAAACUUCCUGGAGAAAGCGAGCAGUGCGUGUCAUUUGCGUGAUCUUCGAGGUAAAUGUGUGGCCAUCGACAGCUACUGCUGGCUACAUCGCGGUGCAUUUGGGUGUGCAGAUCGGCUGGCACGCGGCGAGUCAACCGAUGCCCAUAUUCAAUACUGCCUGAAGUUUGUUCAAUUGCUUCUAUCGCACAACAUCAAGCCGAUUCUAGUUUUUGAUGGACAACACCUGCCUGCAAAAGCCGCCACGGAGGCGAAACGGCGUGAAACGCGUGAAAAUGCAAGAAAGCGAGGCGCGGAACUGUUGCGCCAAGGGCGAAUUGAUGAAGCUAGAAGCUUUUUGAGACGAUGCGUUGAUAUUACGCACGAGAUGGCCCUGCAACUAAUACAAGAGUGUCGAAAGCGUGGCGUCGAUUGCAUAGUAGCACCAUACGAAGCCGAUGCACAGCUGGCGUAUCUCAAUCGAAUGGACAUUGCCCAGUACGUCAUUACGGAAGACUCCGAUUUGGUGCUGUUCGGGUGCAAUCGAAUCCUGUUCAAGCUUGACCUGACUGGCAAUGCGCGUUUAGUGGAUGCCAGCAAGCUACACCUGGCCAUGGGAUGCCGGGAGGAAAAGUAUAACUUCGCUCGGUUCCGUCAUAUGUGCAUUUUAUCGGGUUGCGACUAUCUGGACUCGCUGCCCGGAAUCGGGCUCGGAAAAGCUUGCCGUUUCAUGCUGAAAACAGAAGAUCCCGAUAUACGACGGGCGUUGGCAAAAAUACCGUCCUAUCUGAACAUGAGGCAGCUCACAGUGCCGGAGGAGUACAAAGACGAGUUUCUGAAGGCGGACGCUACCUUUAAGCACAUGGUGGUGUACGAUCCCGUUCAGCGGAAACAGACCAGGCUAGUGAGCAUGGAGGAGGAAGGCACUGCCGAGGAAUACUGCUGCAAUGCGGGCACAUUCUCUGAUGAAAAGAUCGCCUUGGAACUAGCGAUGGGGAACUUGAAUCCGUUUUCGCUGCAACAAAUGGACGACUGGCAUCCGGAUGCGAUAAAUACAGAAGAACUGUCCGCCGUCGUAAGCAAACGGCUCCAGCAGAGCAUCUGGCGAAAGGAUUACUACGAGCUGAAGGAAACCCAAGUGACCAGAAGCGAGAGUGUUCCUUCGUUGUUAAAAUCGUUUGUUAAACGUCCGCCUCCAAACGUCGAUUUUGCUGAACUUGGAACCAAGGACACGAUUGGCGAUAUUCUGCAGGCGUACGGCAUCGAGGAGAACAAUUGCGAACCGCCAUUGAAACGGCUGUGUUCCGUCGAAUCUCCAAAGCCGCCCGCUAUGUCCACCGUUGCCAUCGAGUAUAACGAUCUGGAGGUGCUGGAAUCGAUGGCAACGCUCGAACAACCGAAAACACCCAAACGCAAUCGAAACCCGUUCGUAGUUUCCUCGGCUGGCCAACCGCUGAAUGGCGAUCGACGUAGCGAAAUUCUAUCGCCAACCAAAAUUACGCCCGAAAAUCGAUCGCUCUUGCAAAAUGUUAGCCCCGUGCGACGAAUCGAGUACAGCCAGCACCGUAGUCAAGCGUUCGAAACAACGACACACUGUACGAGUCGGUUGAAUCGCAAUAAACCUGCCACGGGCAAGAGCACGGGUGGUGGUUCCGGAGCACAGCGGGUGAUAAGUAGAUUUUUCUGCUCCCAAACCACGGCACAAGCUAGCGCCACUAGCAACAGUAGCCCCGAAGGCAAAGAAGCACCGGUUGCAUUCACGGCCCAAUCUCCCACUGCCAUCGUGAAGGAAAUUAAAGACAUGCGGAACGCGAAUGCACUCAUGGCAACGAGCCUGUAUCUUAGUUCACCCGAAGCCCAACCACAGAAUCGUGGAGAGCGUACACCAGAAAAAAGGCAGUUGCUCGAGCCGGAACCGUGUAAAAGUGCCACCAUCGCUCGGUUCGACAGCGGAAUCGCAAUGAGCGAGGAAGACAAGCGCGAGGACGAAUCUGAAACGAGCUCUUCACAGAAGGAAAACGAUGAUACUUUAGUUUUUGGGGUUGAUAAAGUCGAUUCGAACCCAAAGCUAAGAACCGCUCGUUUGGCAUUGUUUGAGCGAAAGCCCGCGAAAAGCAUCAUGCAAACGAGAGAUUGUGCUGCUGAAGAGCUGGCCAUUGUACUCGACGAUGACGACGAUGAUGAGGAUGAUGAAAAGAAACAUAUCGGAGAUGCGAUAGGAGAGGGAAUUAAGUCUGCAGAAAAUUUAUCUGAAACUAAUCCAGUGCGAUGUAACGCACCGGGAAGCGCACCUAAGGUACAGUUGCAAUCUUCCGGCAGGCGACUUGGUAUGGCGGUCGGGCGGAAGAAACCAUCAUCUAAAACGCAGAACUCCUGCGGCUUAACCCAAAGCCGACUGUCUAUGUUUGGUUUUCAAAAAAAGCCCUCGAUGCAGAUGGAGAAGCGAUAG